AUGGCGACGGCGAUACAAGCUUUGAAGGGCGAUGCGCCGCAGCAGGUCCGGUCUUUGUACCGACAGAUGCUGAGGACGGGCGACCAGUUUGCGGCGUACAAUUUCCGCGAGUACGCGAAGCGCAGGACGAGGGAUGCGUUCCGGGAGAACAAGGACGUGACGGACCAGCGGAGGGUGCAGGAGUUGAUCCAGAAGGGGCUGAACGAGCUCACGGCUAUGAAGAGGCAAACGGUCGUCAGCCAGUUCUUCCAGUUCGACCGGUUAGUGGUUGAGGGCGGCGCCGCGGGCAAGCAGAAGGGGGACAAGGGCGACAUCGUCAGGCAAAAGGAUCAGGGGUGA